UGGCCGCCGAGAGCCUCCCAACCCAUGACCAGCCUGGCUCGAGCUACUUUGGGGUUCAUGCGCCUCCCUCGACCAGCCAGACAGUGAGGCUGGCAGCAUGCCCCCCGUCCCGGGCCAUUUCUGCAGGGCGUUCCAGGCGGGCUUGUGCCAGCGGGGCGGAGACUGCCCGCUGAUGCACCAGCUGCCGGCGGGGGAUUCGUCCACCACCGCCGACGCAAGUUACCGCCCCAGCGCCAGCAGCGGGCUGAGCGAUGCCGGGCAGCUUGAGGGCCAGGACAGCCAGGACAACGAGAGCAGCUGGAGCUGGAGCUGGACUUCCAGCGGGGCCAGCUCCGAGAGCCGGAGCUGGGCGGACCUGUCGGAGGAGUUGUGGGGCACCGCGCCCGCGACAGCCGCCAGGGCGAACGGAACGUGGCCGUCGCAGCCGCCGGGCGCGGGCGGCAAGCCCAGCGGUUGGGCACCCUCCGCCCCCAGCGCGGCGGCCCGACCGGUCCCACCGGGCCCAGACGACGGAUUCCCGUCGUUUUCGGACCGCAAUCCGAACAUCCCCGAGUUCAUCCCCAGCGAGGCGGCCAGCCUGGGGGGCGCCGCCUCGGCGCAGCCCCGGGUGCCCAAGUCCAAGUCGGCGGCGCGGCGGAAGCAGCGGAUGGUGAUGGAGAAGUGGGUGGUGAUGAAGGCGAAGAACGGCGCCACGGCGGCGGAGAUGGUCGAGGCCGCCUGCAUCGCGCUGUCACGCCCGCAGGCCCAGACCUCGCACGAGCCGCGGACAGAGUCGGCCUCGCCCCCGAGGCCGCUUGUACCGCCGACGUCGCCGAGGAAGCAGAGGCGCAGCAGGGAGGAUGGCAACGAUUCCGACGAUUCCGGAGACGAUCGAGGCGAACGCGCCUUCGUGAACACGAAGGUGUCAUUAUGAUCGGAGAGGCCGACUUGCAAAUCGAUCCCAAAGGAAUUUAGUUUUGGUCCGCCGUGGUGAGGGCAGCUGCGGCUCCGGCAGCCGUGCAAGGUCAACCUCCACCGCGUGAGAUUGUUUUCGAGUUUAGGGGCAACCACAGGCUGAUUCCGCUUGAGCCUGCAUCACGAGUCGCUCUGACAUUUAGGCCCUAACGGCGCCACUUGCCAGCGGAUGCUCGCGAUUUAUCCUCAAGCCUCAGACGUCUUCCCAUGCUUCUCUGGGCGGCUUCUGGUUCGCACAGCUGCAUGCGUGCGCCGUUCACUCAAGCUCCAUGUCUCAAGAGAUCUGGCGAGUGGGCAGUUCCUGCAAGUUCUUCCCAGAGUACUACCUCUUUGUCGGCACAAGCUUAUUGCGGUACGGGGUAGCCUCCGUCGACCUACCUCCCGGCCCGCAGCAGCAGCGGGAACGGCGGUGGAUCCCGGCAGGGAUCGAGGUAGGGCGCCUUUUCUCCCGGACCACCGCUCCAGUGGCCAAGUUAUAUCAAACCGGCUCGGGCCGAGCCGGCAGCAGCAGGCGAGAGAGGAUAGAGAGCAUCAGAAAAGCAGACAUAGUGAGUAUUGAGACGGGGC